CUAGUGGCAGCGACGAAGCGGACGUUGCCGGAUGCCCUCCCAGGGGCGACGAGAGAACCCGAGUGACGAUGUUCGCCUGAACUUCCUCUGAAGAGCCGCUUCCCCCGUCGACACCUGACGCCCUGACUGACGACGCGACGGCGGCCGACGGAUGAAGUCCUUCCUCAUCGACGACAUCCUGCGGCCGGCGCCGGCGCGACCCGUGGCGGUGUACCCGCCCCCCGCCGCCGCCGCCGCCCCCGAGCCGGGCCGCCCCCCGCUGUACCUGGAGGACUCCCGGGCGCCGCCGCUGCUCGCGGGCUACGCCCCCCUCGGGGUGCCGCACCCCCUGCAGUCCGGCCACUUCAGGGCUCUGGGCCGGUGCUGGGCGGCGCUGGCGCCGUGUCCCGUGUCGCUGCUGGCGCGCGCCGGCCACAGCAAGCGCAAGGGCGGCCAGGUGCGCUUCUCCCCCGAGCAGACCUCGGCGCUGGAGCAGCGCUUCAGCGGCCACAAGUACCUCAGCCCCGAGCAGCGCCGCCUGCUGGCCGACCGCCUCAAGCUCACCGACCGCCAGGUGAAGACAUGGUUCCAAAACCGCCGAGCGAAGUGGCGGCGUGCAACUCAGACGACGUCCUCGGAGGCCUCCAAGGACCAGCAGCGGACCCUGGAGGAGGCAUGUUCCAGCGACGACGGCCGAGAGGAAGACUUCUCGGACAGCCCCCGAACUACGCCCGUCGACGCCGCCAGCUAGCGCGACCGACGAGGACCUCACACGGUUUUUUUUUUUAAGAAUUUCGGCCUGAAGGGGUGUGGGGUAUACAAUUUCUCCCCCGCCCCCCCGCCCGCAAACAACGUACCUAACCCCCGUCGGUUCGCACAGACGUUGUGAAAUGUGCGCACGGGGUAGUGUCUCUCUUUCAGUGUAAUUUUUUUUUUUUUUUCGAAAUCAAAACGAGACAAUAGAACGCCACACGAAUUUUAUCUUAACAAAAGACAAGAGAGUAAAAAAAAAAUCGAUACGGACGCUACAAAAGACAGACCAAACAGGGUUUGGUUUCAAAUAAUGCCGCGUUUUUUUGGAGUGCUUGUCCUGGGUUUUUCGUCUGCAUCGAUUCCGCUGGGAUGCUGACAUAAACCCCAAACCUCCCGGCCUUGCGCGGAGACGUCUUGGAGAGACGCGGUGGACGUCGUCUUUUCGCCCGCUGCGUCUCAUCGCAGCGUCGUCCACCGGGGACGCUCCCGUCGCUAUCUUGUUUGCCCGGCGCCAUCUUGUUCGCCCGUCGCCAUAUUGUUCGCCCGUCGCCAUCUUGUUCGCCUGGCGCCAUCUUGUUCGCCUGGCGCCAUCUUGUUCGCCCGGCGUCAUCUUGUUCACCCGGCGCCAUCUUGUUCACCCGGUUCCGGACACCUGGGUUUCCGAGUGCGACCUCACGGCACUCUCUCUACAGUCGCGCGUACUGUAUCUACACCAAUGUAUUGCCCUUGAAAGCAGAUAUGACUGUGCACUUGGUAAGCAUGCCAGUGCUGCAACUUAAUGCCUCCGUGUUUCUGUUCAAGUAAAAACUACGGGAAUUAACCCCUUCAGAAAUCUCAGGACUAGUGCUGUACGUGUCAUUUGUUGUAAUUAUGCGGGUGCAACCCCAUCUUGGACAUUAUAUACACAGCACAUUUUGUGCCUUAAGAACAAAACAUAAAAAAAUUUUUAUUGCGUGCCAUGAAAAUAAACAAUGACCAGAACUACUUAACUUCACUCUUAAUAUCAUAACAAAACUACCAUUUUUUCAAUAAACAUGGCAUUGCCUUAUGUGGCAAUACAUUGUAAGUUACUUAAUACUGUUCA